UGACCAGAGAUGGAACUAAACAUUUUGUUAUAAAUAUGGUAAAGUUAUUCCAAACAUGGUUCCUCCUAGCUCUAGUAAUCUCAGUCGCAACUUGUAAGAACGGACAUCUGGGAUACUUUACGAGACUUCCUGAUUUCAGAUUGAGCUACUUUUCAACUAGGUAUGAAAUUUACCUUGAAAGAAUCCUGACUGUGAUUAAUUCUAUCAAGCCUGUAGUGGCUGCCUUCGGAGAUGACAUUCGUUCAUUCCCAGACACUUUGAGGCUUUUCAACCUUUUGCUAUCUGCGAUAUUGGCUUAUUACUCUUGUGACACUUUAGGCUGAAUAACACCUGAAGCUGUACUGAUGAGGUUUAUGAAAGACUUUAGAAACUUUUCAAGGAUAAUCGUCUCUGAGUUAGAUUACGGGUUUUAUUCCCUACUAUUAUCAUACGCCAAGAAAGAAUUUAGCAUCAUUAACAAGAUCAUCCAAAAUGAGAGUUUCGAUACGUACCAGGAAAGAUCUGACUGAAUCCGCAUGAGGAUUGGGCAGUACUUUAUGCCAACAUUUAUCGGUAAUGAUACCUCGGAUUGCUCUAAGUUCGAUGAAAUAAUUAAAAGCUUCUCUGAACAACCUGUAGAUCUUGGUGAAAGCUGGCAUUCUUUGUUUAUAAGACUUACAAUACUUAAAGCUCUUGUAGGGGGUAAUUACAUCUGCUACACCUUGGCUCUUCAAGAAUGGAGAAGAUACCAUACACUUAGAGACAUAUCUUCAUCACAAAAUUCCAAUGAACAAUUUAAAACCCCUUCACCUUCUCUAAAUCAAAGAUAUGAGGAAAUAUUUUCAGAGCAUGAUGAAAAUAAGGAUUGCCCUCAUUCUUCCAAUGAGAAUAGUUCUAAAUACCAGCGACUCUUAUUUGGUUGAUCUCCAGUCUUAUAAGGACUAAAAACAAGACUAUACUUCCAACCUCAUUUUUGGAUAAUCCUUCGUUAAGUUCUG